UCCAACGAGGCGCUUGGCUGCGACUCUGGGCAAUCCUCUAUCCAAUAUCCAAUAUCCAAUAGCCGACAUCCGAAACUCGACUCCAAUCUGAACUGGCGUAACGGUCUUUUGAAUAAUUGAGGCAGUGCGUGCCGAACUCGAUGCAAAUUGAUUGCCAUUCGUAUUGCUCAUACGCCGCGUGGCCCGGCACAAAGGAAGCGAAAAUCGAAAUCGCAAUAGCAAUAGAAAUAGAAAUAGAAAUAGAAAUGGAAAUUGUUGCAUGCUCUCGGCGGCGCAAUUGUUGAUUGAUAUUUGUUGGUGCAGUGAGUGUGUGUCAGUGCGAUUUGUGUGCCAUUCGCCUCGAAUGCUUUUUUGAUUAAAGCUCGCGCGUGAAUAGUUUUCCAUGCAGUCGGAAAAUCUCUUUGGCCGCCCAAGCCCGCUAAUUGCUCAAUGGUGUUAGCUCUGUUCCGGCUCUCCGAAUCGAGGGGCACUCCGCUCGCAAACAAUUGAAUUCCGCCGAGAAACGAAGCGAACCUCUCACCGCGAACGCCGAAAGCUCACUGAGCAGCUCUUUUUGCCCAGCGUGUCUGGCGCUAUUUGCCGGAAUAAAAACAAAGAAAGAUACGGCUCGAAACGAAAACAAACUGCGAAAACACAAGACGGCGAGUCGAGAGUGUUUGGGAGCUGGCCAUUAGACUUGACAUAAGCCAAGGCACUACAGGCUGCACUUCGGCGAGGAGGGAGCGGGCAAACUGGCACAACAACUUUAAAAGUACAAACGGCUGGGCGGAGGAGGGUUCCACGGAGUGCGCAGACCGGGAACAAUGCUAAACGCCACGUCAGCAACAUUGGCAGCAACAGCAGCAACAACAUCUGAGGCAGCAACAUCAUCAGCCAGCAGCAACAGUAGCAACUGCGGCAACAACAGGAACUGCAACAAAAACGAGUCAACGACAGCUUAAAACAUAAUACGCUUGCUGAAGGCAACAGGCGGACAGACGACAGAAGACAGGCGACAGACAGGCGGGAAGGCACAAAGAUAUAGGGGCGAUAUAGGGCCGACAUAGAGGACAAAGCGGCAUUGCGAACGAUGAGGAAUCGCUGUUGCAAUUAGUGAGCCAGGGGUUCCGAAGCCAUGAAUCAGGGGCUCUGCCGCCAGCGGGAACGGAAGUGCUUGCUGCAGGGCGAAGGCAACGGGAACGGGAACACGGAAACGGAAACGAAAACUAAAACGAAAACGAAAGCGGAAGCGAGAGCGUAACCGGAAACGGAAACGGAAACAGAUACGGAAACAAGACGCGGAGGGAGGGGAGCAGCAGGUGGCCACUAAAUGCCAUUGAGCGCAGAGCGAUCAUGUCCGACGUUGAGCAGGCGAUCAAGGCCAAGCAGCGGGAGCCCCAGCCGGAGCUCUCCCACGACGACGAGGCGGCGGCGGAGGUCGGAGCGGCGGAAGCCGGAGGAUCGGAGGUGGGGGCCCGGACCACCGCCUCGCUGACCGCCAAGCCGGGCAGCGGAACCCGGCGCUGCUGCGGCCUCCUCCUCAAGCUGCUGCUCUCGACGCCCGGGCUGGUGCUCCUGGUCGUCGGCUACUCGGUGCUGGGCGCCCUCAUCUUCCCGCUUCUCGAGGCGCCGCAGGACCUCAGCAAGUCGGCGGCCAUCGCCAAGAGCCGCGAGGACUGCCUGCGGGAGCUCUGGAUCAUUACAGAGAAACUCAACGUGCUGUACGAACGCAACUGGACGAUGCUCGUCCACGAGCAGCUGCGCCGCUUCGAGGGAUCCAUCGUGGCGGCCACGCGCCAAGGAUCCGCUGGCUCCCCCGCCGGAGCAGGUGAGGGGAGGGGGAGGGCAGGACUCUUCCAGGGCGGCAGUGCCAGCGCCCUGGGCCACUUCGGAUACGACGCCGGCGACUCGCAGGGCUGGACGUUCAGCGAGGCGCUGCUCUACUCGGUCACUGUGAUAACGACAAUUGGUCACGGCAGCCUGACCCCGCGCACCGCCGCCGGGAAGCUGGCCACAAUCUUCUACGCCCUUGUGGGCGUUCCCCUGAUGCUGAUGUGCCUCUCCAGCCUGGGAGCCCUGCUCGCUGACGGCCUCCAGUGCACCUACGUGCGGCUCUGCUGCCAGCUGCACAGGCACCGCGACCCCGGGAGGAGGAACCCGGUCCAGAACGCCGCCACUGCGAGGGAGAAGGAGAAGGACAGGGAGAGGGGCUCCAAGCGACGAGUGGCCAGCUGCAAGGGCUGCAAGUACGAUGCGGCCAACAGCGAAACGAGCUUGAACGACUGCCUGGACUUUGGCCAAAGGGAAAAGGGGAAGCUGCCCCCGGACAAAAAGGAGGGAGACGGCUGUCAAUUGCUGCGCAACUUGAAUCAGCAGCAGCACUUUUACCAGCACCAGCACCAGCAGCAGCAGCAGCAGUUGCAGCAGCAUCAGUUGCAGCAGCAGCCGGAUGUCAUGCUGAUGACAACGACAUCGGGCAGCGCCCUGCUGAAAUACACACCGCAGCAGCAACUGCAACUGCAGCAGCAACAGCAAAUGCAGCAGCAAUUAGCGACAGCCACUCUCCCGCGACAACACCACCAACUGCAGCAGCAACACCAGCAACUGCAGCAGCAACACCAGCAACAGCAACUGCAACAGAACUUCGUGGCGGUGCCCAGCAGCAUGCUGCGAAUGCCGCUGACGGUGCCGCCCAACUGCUACGCGCCCGCCACCGCCACGAUUUACUUCCCGUUCGGCCCCGCCCCCUCCGCCCCCGGCAGCCCUGCCCACGCCCACGCCCAUGCGAAUGCCAGUCCGCUGGGGAGCUGCGCCCUGAGUCGCAGCGAACAGCCGCUGGUGAAGUACCACACGAUCCACUUGCAGCCCGCCUCGGGGAAGCACCGCGUGCUGGCCUCUGGACUCCAGGAGGCAGCUGGCCCGGGAGGCGUCCGGGAGGGAUCCGAGGCAGCCGCGUCCGCGCUGGAGGCCAUCACGCUGCCCCCGCCGCCGGCCUACCAAACAGCCAGUGUGCACGCUGUGCGGCGAGCCAAGUUCGUGACCAAGCCGCUGCCACACGAGAUCAGCGCCCUGAUGGACUGCGGCGCGGGAUCCCCGGACUUAUCCGGCAGGCGUGAUUUAUUGCCGCCGGCCCACUCGGCCGCCACCAGCAGCCCUCAGCUGUCGUCGGGAAUCAAAGGAGCCACAGGGACAGAAACAACAUCAGCAGUAGCAGCAGGAGGAGCAACAGGAGGAGCAACAAUGGCUGCCACCAGCAUGGCCGAUAACAGUUUUAUGGCCGCAGGUGUUUGUGGCACACCAGCAGCAGCAGCAACAUCGUCAUCGCCGGCAGUAAAUGCAACAGCAUCCUCGGCGGCGGCAACAUUGUCGGCCCUGCUGAGUGCCACCUCCACGGGCACCGUGGACAUCAUGGAGGACGAGGACGAGCAGGAGCGGGAGCGGUUGAGCAACUGCCCGCACGGAACGCCCUCGCGAGUGCCGCUGAUAGCGAGUCCUGUGCGCGUGCCGCAGGACUCCGCCCGCCCCCUUGGCCGCAGGACCCUCCUGCUGACGAGGCGCUGCCACCGCCACGCCACCGGAACGCUGCUCGAGGGCACGGCCAACAACACGGAGACCUCCGAGGACGAGGAGUUCCUGCAGCACGGCGGCGAGCAGUUCGCGCUGCGCAGGAUGCGCCAUCGCUGCGGAGCGGAGGAGUGUGGCUUCGGAGGCGGGGAGGAUACCGAGGAGGAGGAUAGGAUGAGGGAGGAGGCGGAGGGCCGGCAGGUGCCCAUCAGCCUGGUGCUGCUCAUCCUGGCCUGCUACAUCUGCGUGGGCACCGCGCUCUUCGCCCUCUGGGAGAACUGGUCGCUGGUGGACGGGGCCUACUUCUGCUUCGUGACCCUGUCCACCAUCGGGUACGGGGACUUCGUGCCCGCCCGCAGCUUCAACGGACCGGAGCUGCAGCUGUACGCCUGCUGCGCCUACCUGCUCCUCGGCCUCGUCCUGGUGGCCAUGUCCUUCAGCAUCCUGGAGACGCAGCUCAUGUGGAAGUGCCGCCGCAUCGCGGUGCGGCUGAAGCUGGCCCGCACGGAGGGGUAGUCUCCCUGCGCCUGCGUCUAGCUAGCCAGCACCCAGCAUCCUGCACCCAGAAUCCUGCAUCCCGCAUGGUGCAACAAUCGAAUCUGCAAUCCCACUAUCGAACCUAG